CACACCAUGCGCAGAGCUACGACAAAUCGAUCAUAAAAAAGUCGUUCUACAAGGUGACAGCAUGGAGCGUAGCACUACAUCCAACUCCAGGACUUCUAGCACAUAUGCUCCUGCGACUCUUGUCGACAAUAAUGACGAUGAUUUUGGUCAACUAUGCUUCGACUUCGAAAUCAACACCCGCAAUGCUGACAGCUCGAUUCUCUCGACGCACACCUCGGAGCAACCGAGGCCUUCACAAGCGCAGUUGGAUGAUGACGAUUUUGGUGACGACUUGAUGGACGAUGAUCUACUUGACCUGACGACCGAUACGAUGGCCGAUCCUAGCAGUCCUCAGUUGCAUUCAGCUUCUUUUGCCAAAUUCGAUGCUUCGAACGAAUCAGCCCACCAGAGAGAAACGCCUGAAGCACCUGUCACUACUGAUGUUUCACUUAUUGAAGAGAGCAGCAGCCCAAGUCGUUCAUCGAAGAAGUUCGUAUCUCCAGUCACGCUUACGAGUCGAUUACUUGCAGCAACGGGCGAUGAAGCUCAUAAACCCAUCGUCAGACCACCAUUCCCCACUGCGGUACGCGACCGCUCACCCAUCAUCGGUAUGUCAUCCAACACGGUGCUGCGAAGUUGUUUUCGUGUUGGCGAGGCGAUCAGUCAGAGCUGCCAUGCAGCCAAAGCAGGCAAUGAUAUACUGGUAGAGCUGUACGCCAGAGUGCUCAGCUCCGAACGUGACGACCUACAGCAACGAUUCACCUUCUGCGAUUUAUUUCAUGCCAAGCCGCCCUAUGUCCAAGCAACCUACGCUGCAGCGAUCUGGAAAAGUGUUCAGCUGUUCGAAUAUGACAGCGCGCGUCUGAUGCAGCAAGGCCGAAUCUGCCGGUGCAUAGGUACCAUGAAGCGGAAUGGCAAGGACUGGGUGAUGAUGGUGUUGAACAUCUGGGAGGCGACCUGGGAUGAUGUGCAGUGGGUGGAAGGUAUUGUGAACUCCUGACAUUCUAAGGGUCUCGAAAAGGCGUCAGGGGUGCAGCAUCAGGGUGACCCGAUCUGCAAACAAUGAGUGAGGCAUAGGCAGAAAAGCCAAGGAGGACCGAUGUGUAAUAUAUGGUUGUAAUUAAUCGUGAAGAAGUAUUAGCGAAGC